AUGAGAAUUUAUUUGGACUAUAAAUCAUUAUUAUUUAUGAGAUUUGUUAUAAUUUUAUUGGGAUGGGAUGGUUUGGGAUUAAUAUUUUAUUGUUUAGUAAUUUAUUAUCAAAAUGUAAAAUCUUAUAAUGCUGGUAAUAUUACAGCUUUAUCAAAUGGUAUUGGUGAUGUGGCUGUGUUGAAAAUUACUUGA